AAUUAGAAGCCUGGUUCGGAGCAUUGAUUUAUAAUUCAUUAUUACAAAUAUGACUAGUGUUUCCGCCAAGAGACAUUGUGAGAAGAGUGGAAUGAAUCCCUUGGGUCAUUUAAAAUCGAUGCAUCGAUUGUUUUUUAAGAUGUGUUAAGAUUUUUGUGGUUAUGUGAAUCGAAUAUGACAGUUUGUGUUGUGUUGUUGGAUUGAAAGGUGGGGUAGAGUGUUUUCGUUGACUUGACGUUUGAUAUAUUUUGUGGAAUUAUUUUAUACAGAGCGUAUUAUUGCAGAUGUUUGAUUAAUCCUAGUCUUAAAGCGAUUACUAGGAAAUGUUGAAUAUCAUAAAAACAUAUAGCUGAUGAAAUUGUUAAGAGGGUGGUAAUCUAGGAGGACCAACUAUGCAACCAAAAACAUGAGAAGGUAAACGAUACAGUCGGAUUGGUGGCCAACAGAAAGAGAGUAGCAUUCAUUCCUGGUGAGGAUGAGGGGGUGGCCAUGAUGUCGGCGGUGGUGCCGGGCGGAGCGGGGCCGGACGCGGCCCACUAUGAGCUGCGGCAGCGGCUGCUGGCAGAGCUGCUGGACGCGGUGAAGCAGUGCCAGAUCAGGUUCGGGGGGCGCACGGAGCUGGCCACCGACGCAGACCCCCGGGUGGCGGUGCUGUGCGCUCGGCUGGAGCUGGCCCUGGCCCACGGCCUGCGCCCCCGCCCGCUCUCCAAGGGCGGCUCCGCUCUCAGGCAGGUGACCGAGAUAGUGUCGAGCAGCCUCCACCUCGGCCGAGGCUCGGGCGCGGAUCAGCAAGUGUUCUGGCACUACGUCCACGAGCACCUGACGCGCCACGAGAUCGAGCGCUACCUCAUGCUGAAGAACGUGUGGACGGACUCUGGCCGGGGCCGCGCCUGGCUGCGCUCCGCCCUGAACGAGUGCUCCUUGGAGCGCUACCUGCACAGCAUGCUCGCCAACCCGGCCCACCUGCGGGUCUUCUACGAGGACUGGGCCUUCCUGCUGGACCAGGAGAAGAGCAGCAUGCUGCCUGUCAUGGCGGCAGGGCUGGGCUCCAUCUUGUUUGCCAUCAGCAUCGACAAUACUGACCUGAACCAGGGCGUGAGUUGCAAUGGUGGUUCGGAUCCUCUCAUGGUCCCCAAUCUGACCCGCUCUGAGCCAAUCAUCGCGUCCUCUGCCCCGGACCCGGGGCCCAAGCGGCGCAGCGAGUUGCGUCGCCGGAAGAAGAUCCCCACCCACAUCAUCUCCUUCGACAAUGAGGAGCUGGAGAGGGGGGGCAUAGGAGCAUCCAGCAGCGCUCCCCCCACCUGCCUCAACUCCCCCGCCCCCGAUAGUGCGGUCCAGGUCGUGCUGGAAGCCGUCGGUGCGGGCGGCUGCGAUCAGGCUCAGGCUGCUGAAGAGGAAUGCAUUGGCUCCACUGAGAUGCGGAUCGACCGUCCAUUCACGGAUCGUCCUCAGAAAGGAUCUUCUCGUCUGAAGAUUGAUUGUUCAUCUGCACCUGGGAAGGAGUCCAGGAACCAAGCGCAGACACUCACCCCGGUAAACAACGUGAGUGUGGGCGAGCUGAUCCCAGUGUCCUGCGGCGAUGAAGCACAUUCGGAGGAGGACUCCUUGUCUGUGCCCAGCUACUCGGAGGAUACAGACUGUGCGGCUGCAGCCUUGCUGGCCACUCAGAAGCUGCUGCAGACCAACUACAUAGACUUCCAUCCAACAGCCGACAGCAGUCGGCCAGUCGUCGACCUCGGCACUUUUGUAAAUGGCGAGCUCAUACAAGGGGAGGUGCGAGAGGCAGUCCUGGCGCUGGUCACCUGCAAGGAGCGACUGCAGUCCGAGGCCGGCCGGCUCAGGCGCCAGCUGGACCAGGUGCAGGAGGAAGCCGUGGAGCUGAGGGCAGAACUGGAGGCGACGCGGCGACAGCACCGCGAGAGGACAGAGCGCACCGAGGCGCGUGUGCAGUCCUUGCUCAGGGAGAAUGAGCUGCUGAAACAUCAGCUGCGCAAGUACGUGGCAGCAGUCCAGAUGCUGAAGAAGGACGGGUCACAGGCUCACGAGGCGCUGUCCAGCCUGGAGGCUUCUCAGCCAAGAGAUCAGGGCUCGUACCCUGACUACCACUACGAGGCACAGGAGUACGAGCGCAAGCUUAUCCAGGUGGCGGAGAUGCACGGGGAGCUGAUGGAGUUCAACGAGCGCCUGCACCGCCUGCUGCAGCAGAAGGACGCGGCGCUGCACCGGCUGCGGGAGGAGCUGGUGGACCUGCGGGGCCCGCUGCCGGACGACGGGGCCACCUCCGACGACGACCUCAGCGUCACCAGCGACUACGACACCAGCUCCCUGUGCGCCGCCGUCCGCGCCCUCGUCAACAUCUGGGUGCCCUCCGCCUUCCUCACCGGCGGCUCCUCCGACGUGCACCACGUCUACCAGGUUUAUAUUCGCAUCCGAGAUGACGAGUGGAACAUUUACCGUCGUUACGCCCAGUUCUAUUCCCUCCAUAAAGAACUCAAGAAGCAAGAUGCAGUUGUGGGCACCUUCGACUUCCCUCCAAAGAAAACGAUAGGAAAUAAGGACUCGAGGUUCGUAGAGGAGCGACGCAGAAGGCUGCAGCACUACCUGCGCUGCAUCAUGAACCACUUGGUGCAGACAAACAUGGAUCUGGCCACGGCACCGGACAAAGACUUGCUCAUAUCACUGGUGCCAUUCUUUGGAGAGCUGUGCAGCGUGGAAGACAAAAGUAGGCGGAAGAGAGGGGUGUCCCGCAACCCGUUCUCACGCCUUGGAGGUAAUGGCAACAGUCGCGGUGGUUCGCCUCAGUACACGGGUUUGUGAAGGAAUACUGUAACAGUCUCUUGGUGGAUGUUUCCUAAUGAAGAGUGGAAUCAAGUGUCUUGCUGAAAGUUUGUCUCAGCUGGUGCAACUAUGAGAAGCAUGGGUGCAGGUUCAAGAGCAGUCAGCAUUUUGGAAAUGUUUCUGUCUUGCUGUGAUAACGUGUGGUAAGUUUCUGGCGAUGAGUAAUUGGAUCAGCUCAAUAUUGUGUUUUAGAUUUACUUUGUUAUUAGUUUUAUUGCUUGUAAGAUUUUUUUUAAACCCCCAUGAAUAUAUAAGUUUGAGAAAUACUCAGUGGUCCAAUAAGAUGUUCUCCGGUCUGUGAUAAGGUUUUGUGACUAAGUUGUUAUAUUUGAGUGUGUUAACCUGUGUAUGUUAAAUGUAUAUUAUUGAAAUUUGUUUGUCAUCGAAUUUAUACUCGAACAAAUUUGUGUGAUUAAGUUUAUGGAGAUUGUAUUUUUGUGAUGUUUUUCUCAGUGUUAAGGUGUUGUCAACCAUUAUCUAGUCCUUUCCAUAACGUCCAUAUGUUUUAUUGGUUCUUGCCACCAGACAUAUUACGACAUUCCAUCUCAGGAGGUGGCCUUAUUUUUUCGUCUUUAUCAAGCUCUGCAUUUUUGAUGCAAUCACCAUGUUUGCCAGAAUUAUGACGAAUCAUUAUUUGGUAUGAACACAAUUUCUGGGUCUUGUUCUUAUAUGAUUGAACAAACAUUUUUAUCACCCUAAAGUUAAAAGUAAAUUUGUAGAAAAUUGUUAGGUACUUACCUUACACUGCUAAUAUGAAAUAUUAUACUUACAUGAAUUCAAAACCAUUAAAAAAAAAAAAUAUCAGUGAAAAUUUUUGGCUUAACAUGUGUGAGCAGUGAUAAGAUUGGAGUGCAUUGGUAUGGGAACUUUCUUCUUUUGAAAAGUCUCGAUCUUGUCUGAAGCUAGAAAAUACAAAAUAGUGUUUCUUACACAUCCCUGCUAUUUACCUCUUGGCUCGGUGCUCAAUAUUACUUUGAGCAUGACAAGUGUAACACACUUGUCGCAGUGCUACUAAAGGUAGGGGUUGUAAGUGGAGUUGGUAUCAAGCCAUUGUUUAGUUGCUUGAAAGAAAGAAAGAAAGAAAAAAAACCAUGUGGCAGUAAAUCCUUAAUGUUAGGAUAGCAGAGAUAUUUCCUUUAAUCAAAAAAUUGUUCACUGUUAAUAAGUACUUUAAACAGAAACCAAACCAAUCAGGGUUCCUCUAGGCACGAAUAAUUUGUAAAAUGGCGAAAACUCAAGGAAACUAAAAGAUGUAUUCAAAACCUGGGAGAUUCAGGGAAAUAGACAAAAUGUUAUAGUUUCUAGACUGAAUUGGUAAUUUUUUUAAUACUAGAGGGUUUCUUUUAUCAUAAAUUAAUGGGUGGUCCAAAACAUGUAUUUUAAUUAUCAAUUUCACGUCAGAAAUAAUCCAUGAAUCAACAUUAUAUUAAUGUUAUGAAUUUAGGCACAAUCAAAUGUUAUGUUAUUCACCUUGUCACAAUAUACAGUGCAUCAUAUGUUUACAUAAUUAUGUCCCAAAAAUACAUACAACUUUGUACUUGUAAUAAGUUUUCCCUUUUAAUAAUGAGUUUAAAUUUCCGAAAACUUCUUAAUAGGGUUUUACUCUGUUUCAAUUUUGUUAAAUAAUACUGGUUUUAUGAUACAGAGCGGUAGCUCUGUUCAUAAAGUAUUGAUGGAAAUGUUGGUCAAAAAUGAUAUUUUGUUCGAGAAGAGUUCUUAUGGUCAAUUUGAUGAAUUGGUAAUUUUUUUGAUAUAUAAUUUUAUUAUAUUCAUGUUAUCUUGAAAGAUAUUUCGGUUGAACAGGAAUCCUUUCAAGUAAUUUAUAAAAAAAAAAGUAAAACAGACUCAAAUGAAUUUAAUAUUAUUUUGAGCACAAUGGCACCAUUUUGUAUCAGAAAAAAGAAUCUAUUCAUUAGUGUAUGGUUAUUUCUUAUUUUAUAAUCAGCUUCAUAAUGUAUGCUGGUAAAUAUGUUAGAAUGACAGAGUUGUAAUGGUACAUAUUCUUUAAAAUGCCAUUCCUGUAUUUGUACUCCUUUAAUUGUUAUUAAUAAAUAUGUUGUCUAUAAUCAAGACAGGUGUAGUUUAAAGAAAUAAUUUCUAGAAGAAUUAUGUAUCUUAUUUUUUUUAGUAAUUGUAUCACAUUUAGUGAUGUAAACCUUUGGGUUGCUGUAAUAAAUUUUGCCAAGCAAAAA